AUGCCUCUCCCCCUCGCCAUCACGGCGCCCGCCAUCGCCGCCACCGUCGCCUACCUCAACGCCCGCUCCUCGGCCUGGUACGACCUCCUCCUGCUGCGAUGCGCCCUCACCGGCGCCGGGCGCAUGUACUACCGCGAGUACGUCGACCGGCUGAACCUGUUCUACGCGCUCGAGGCCGUGGCGACGAGCUCCAGCACCGCCGACCGCGCCCUGCUCAUCUUCGAGGGCGCGCGCUACACGUACGCCGAAGCCUACGACCGCAUCCUGCGCUACGGCCGCUGGCUGCGCAGCGAUUUAGGCGUCAAGCCCAAGGACGUCGUCGCCAUUGACUACCAGAACUCGGAUCACUUCGUCUUCCUGUGGUGGGGGCUCUGGAGCAUCGGCGCGAAGCCGGCCUUUAUCAACUACAACCUCGUGGGCGCCUCGCUCGUCCACUGCCUCAACGCCGCCACCACGCGCCUGUGCAUCGUGGAUCCCAGUGUUGCUGUGAAUGUGACGCCAGAUGUCCGCGACCAGCUGCCCGAUAUUCGCUUCGUCAUCUUGACCCCCGACGUCAAGACGCAGAUUCUCGCCCAUGAACCCGUCCGCGCCCCCGACUCCGACCGUUCCGAGAGCAGUCUGUCCAACAUGUCCAUCCUGAUUUACACCUCGGGCACUACUGGAAUGCCCAAGCCUGCUAUUGUGUCCUGGGGGAAGCUCAUUGUAGGCGGGACCGUCGCCGAGAAGUUGCAAGCGCGAGGUGACGGCGACGUCAUGUACACGCCCAUGCCUCUAUAUCACUCCUCCGCCGCCAUGCUCGCCUUUUGCACCACCGUCCUCGGCAGCUCGACCAUCGCCAUCGGCCGCAAGUUCUCAGCAACGACCUUCUGGAAGGAAGUCCGCGAAUCCGGCGCCACCAGCAUCCAGUACGUCGGCGAGACGCUGCGCUACCUGCUCGCCGCGCCGCCACAAUACGACCCGGAAACAGGCGAGUGCCUCGACCGCAAGCACAAAGUUCGCCUGGCCUUUGGCAAUGGCCUUCGCCCAGACAUCUGGAACGAGUUCAAGGACCGCUUCGGCAUCGAGGGCAUCUGCGAGUUCUACGCCGCCACCGAGGGCACGCUCGGCACGUGGAACCUGUCCAAGAACGACCUGACCGCUGGGGCCAUCGGGCGCAACGGCUGGAUCUACAACAUCGUCAUGAGCUUCAACCUCGCCGUGGUCGAGGUCGACUGGGACACUGACAUGCCGCUCCGCGACCCGCGCUCCGGCCGCUGCCGCAAGGCCCGCAGCGGCGAGCCCGGCGAGAUGCUCUUCCAGCUCCCGUCCAAGAACCCCUUCAAGCGCUUCCAGGGCUACUACAACAAUCCGGCGGCUACCGAGUCCAAGGUGGUGCGCGACGUGUUCCGCGUUGGUGAUAUAUGGUUCCGCACCGGCGACGUGGUGCGCUGGGACUCGGACGGCCGCGUCUUCUUCCACGACCGCAUCGGCGACACGUUCCGCUGGAAGUCGGAGAACGUGUCGACGGCCGAGGUCAGCCACGCGCUGGGCCUGCACGAAGCCAUCAAGGAGGCCAACGUCUACGGCGUUGAGCUGCCACACCACGACGGCCGUGCCGGUUGCGCCGCCGUGUUUCUCGACGGUGAGCUUCGUGACGAGACGCUGCGUAGUAUCGCCGCCCACGUACGUGACUCCCUACCUAAAUACGCUCGUCCCAUCUUCCUGCGCGUCAUGAGCGAGAUGGGCGGUGGGCAGAUUACCGGCACCAAUAAGCAGCAGAAGACGACUCUCCGCGCUGCCGGUGUUAAGCCCUCAGCCAGCGAUGACGAUAGCAUGGGCACCGUGUAUUGGCUCAGCAAUGAUACCUACGUGCGCUUUGGUGAAGACGACUGGCGCGCGCUCGAGGCUGGCCGGGUUAAGCUGUAA